CAUUCACGCUUGGCCUCCGAAAGAAGCGGUUUUAUGUUCACGGCUGUCGCCCGGCUACUAUUUGGUGUUUUAGAUAUUAAGGGGUAUUUGAAACACGCGUAUCUUCGAUAAUUUAGGCCCGUCCUAUCUGAAACGUCUUGUCACGAAUCACUGGCUGAACACUAGUCUAUGAUAAUCUCUGCCUGCUCUUCGUUAUUCCCUGUAACGCUUGUGUUCGACACUCAGAACAAAUAUUGUGAUUGCAUUUGGUAAUCAAAGAUUUUGCAAUGUUUAGAUUGACCACACCUCACAUACUCUUCAUCCUCUGGGUUACUCUGUGGCUUACAGGAUUGCAUGCAGGCAAGUAUCGGAAUCGGCCGCCAAUUAAAGGGGAGAAGUCCAACCGAAGAAUAUCAAAACAAACUCAUUGUCAACUGGGAAAUGGAUCUUAUGAAAUUGAGGAAAGAUGGCGGCCAGACUUGGGCCCUCCAUUUGGGAUUCUCCACUGUGUGCACUGCGAAUGUAUAGCGGUACAGCGUAAGAAGAAGUUCGUUGCCAGGCCAAAAUGCAAAAAUAUAAAAAAUUUCUGCCCUACACCUACUUGUGAUACUCCAGUUCUACUGCCUGAGCAUUGCUGCAAAACCUGCCCAAGCCAAGAUCUUGCAGGAUUGGAAGAAGACUUAGCUACCAAGAAACUAGAAGAAGACGAUGACGACAGAAAAAUGAAAGAACUCACAGUUCUGCUUACUGGGAAAGCUUUAUCUCCACCAGUACCAACAGAGGGCGCUGCAAGGGGAUAUUUUACAUAUAUGAAGAGAAACCUGCAUUAUACUAUCCAUUAUGUGGGAAUGGAACGACCGACUUGGGUACGGUUUACAGAUGAAAAUCGUAACAUUCUCGAAGAACACAAGGUGGCAGAAGUAAAUUUUCACAUCGAAGAUUCCAAAAUCUGUGGUGUUUGGAGGGAUGUUCCUAAAGUUUAUCGCCGGAAGCUGAUGAAGGGAAGACUCUACCUUCUCUUGGCAACUAACCAUCACCCUGAUGGGCUUGUUUUUGGCAGAUUUGUCAGGGCCAAGGAGAUGAGGCUUAAACAAGAGGUCUACAGCUCAGUGCUGCUUCCAGAUGUAUCACGUUCACGUGAAACUAUAGGAGGAGGUGGUAUCGCAUCCGUGUUCCUUGGCCAGGAAAAAAUGUAUCUUAAUUUAGAAUUCAACGGUAUUUUCACCCAUGAAGAUGCAAGAAAUGUGAAUGUACUGAUACGUCUACAUCAAGAGACUUCGUUAGGCACAAGAGAACUGCUUACUGAGACUUUCCACAUUCUAUCCAAGGUCGAUCCGGACUACAAUGCUGCAGAAAUCAGAUUUGACCUGACGAAAAGCGAUGAAUCCAUGCUUUCGCGAGGGAAGCUUAUCUUAGAGAUUACGUCUGCAGAUGGCGUUCGUGUGCUAAGCGGAAGAAUAUUGCCCAAGACGACUUGUAACAUUUUUCAGGCCAUUUUGACCACGAGGGCUUCAGAAGACAGAUAUGUUUCUAAUAGUCACCCAACUGGCUUUGCUGUCUUAAGUCCACGGAAAGAUGGAUCCGUAGCUUACUCGGUUUAUACUGAAAGACUUAGUGGUCCUUUAUUAAAAUUAGCUCUUAAGACAGCAGGUCCAACCAACGCGGACAUGAAGACAUUGUCGGAAGUGGACAAACUCUACAUUAAGGACUCUUGGACCAACGGUACUUUUAGUAAUGUUUCAACUGGAGUUGCAGAAAGUUUGCUGCUUGAUGACCUCCAUUUACACUUGCCAACAAUGAAGCAUCGACGAGAGCUGAUUGGACGAAUCCGACAAAGAUUAUAUACUGAAGCUUUCCUCAACGGUCAUCCUUUCCUUCUUCAUGGGAAUAACUCAGCAACGGGUCAAGUAUGGCUUUACAUAGACUCUUUGUGCCAUUUACAUUAUGAAGUCUUUGUCAGUGGCAUUGCCAAUGACGAGAGCCUACCGAAUGGAAGGAUUAGACGCCACCUGGUGGAACUUAUGGAAGUUCCAAUCAACCAUCACAAACGGAAUAAAAAGAGGGUUCUCAAGAAGUUCGAUGGCGAGGAAGUGGGUGACAUUUUGGAAGAUUUAACGAGAAAUACAUUCGCCAACCUUGAUUAUGGGAAGAGUUCCUUCCUUGUGACCACCAAAACUCAGGGAUUCGGAAAGUCUGUGGAGCUUGAAACUCAGUUGAACGGUUUGCCAGUGCCGGAAAAUUGCUACUCUCAUAAACAGAAGACCGGAAGUGAAGUAUACUUUCCUGGUGAUUCGAAAUUACCUGUGGAGAAAGAUAACAAGUGUUACUUUGAGAAGAAAGAGUAUGAGGAUGGAUAUCAGUGGCUAUCACCUCAUGAUGCCUGUGUCAUGUGCUUCUGCAAACGAGGGAAGAUCGAAUGUGACAAAACAGUUUGUCCUCCUAGUGAAUGCGAAUCGCCAAUUACCGUGGCUAAAGAAUGUUGCCCCAUGUGUCCAGAAGAUAAUCAUCUUCUCAACAAGGACGUUUCUAAAUCCCGAGGUUGCUAUUUUCACGGAGACAAGAAGUUUCAUUUAGCUGGCACCAGAUGGCACCCCUACAUCCCUCCCUUUGGUUUUUCGCGAUGUGCUAUAUGCAAAUGUGACGCAAAAUCGCAGAGAGUCAUGUGCCGGAGAAAGAAAUGCCCCGUUUUGCCAUGUGCAGAAGACGACACCUAUCGAGAACACCCACUAGACUGCUGUAAAAAGUGCAAGAAAAACCAUCGACCAGACCAGCUUGGAGAUGAGGCUCAUUCUAAAAAUCCUCACGAGAUUCUGGCUGCAGGCGGAUGUCGUUUUCGAGGUGAGAUUCGAACAAACGGGUCAGAGUGGCAUCCUACUGUACAACCGUGGGGAGAAAUUACGUGUAUUAAUUGUCAUUGUAAGGAUGGUCGAGCAAGAUGCAAGCGAAUGAAAUGCCCCAAGUUGACGUGCGUAGUUAAAGUACAUCCAGAAAAUGAAUGUUGCUCACGGUGUUUGGAUCCAAGUGAGAUCAAAAUGAAAGGAAACCUGCAUCACCAAGGGUGGCGACGAAGACGAAGACGUGACAGAGAAGAGCAUUAGGAUGGCAAAUGGACAACUCCAUAUUCAGAUGCUCAAGAAAAGCACCUCCCAUCAAGACCACUGUAUAUUUUGUAUGUAAAUAUUGCGUUUACUUAGCAGUGCCACAACUAACGUAUUUAUAGAGUGUCGUCUUUGUGGACAGACUUCCUGUUUCCAUAGAAACUUCAUCCAUUGUUGAUUUCAUCCACGGUACUGGUGUAAAUGAAGCUUAGUCAACUAAUUACACGCUUUCUGACCAUAUGAAGCUACGCUUGCAUGUAGAUAUUAUAUUUGAAAUUGAGUUAAGUGCCAAAGUAGCGACCAUGUCAGAGAAUGGUUGUAUAAUUAUUAGUGGUUAGUCCUGCGUGAAGCCACUAAGAGAAGGGGCUACUUUCUGAGUAAUGUCUGACAUGAAUUGAAAAAACCACCGUAUUGUAUUUUGUUUGUUAUCUAAUUCUAUUAUAUAUCAAACUGUUUGGAUUUUUUACAUGACGUUACCAGUUUUGUUUAGUUUUUCUAAUGCCUAUUACAAGAAUUAGAAAUAUCACUAUUCUUAUGUGUUUUAGUACCUAAACUAUAAGCCUGUACAAAUCCACCCAACAGCUAUUGAAAAGCUUUUUCUUAUCUUUGUUCUUAAAAUCGUGAGUCGUUCGUUCAGAAAUUACCAAAUUCUGGUGUCAACUUUGAACAACAGACCAAUGUAUCAUGUAAAAUUUUGCAUAACCUUAAGGUUCAAAAGACGCAACCAAAUUCCCAAAUAUUUCUUCAGGUAUCAAUGAAAGUUAUUCCUAAAGCAAGGCUACUUUUACCACUUCAUUUUGAUCUUGAAUUGCAAUGUAAGAAUUUUCAACGUGUUAGUGACAUCCAGGACACGCUGCCACUUUAUAGAAAUAGAAACAACAAUAAAUAUCGUGAACUAUUUGUUAUGACGUUUGUUUGCUGAGGUCUGAUCAAGCAUUUUCAAGACCAUCAAUCGCCGAACGUUCUGAGACAAUGAAAGUGUUCACAGUGAAAAGAACGAAGCAUCUUAUUCUUACUAUUUCUUCUGCUUUGCAUAUUUAUUGUCAUAUUUUAAUUGGUUCCUCACAAUUUUAGAUUAACUCUCUUUCUGAUCGCUUUAACUUCAACAGGAACCGCCAUCGUGACUACGUCCACAACGUUAACAUUUCAUCAAACAUUAUACCUUACAGCCUUGCAUUUGCAGAGUUUGGUAAACAUGACUUUCAGAUUUUCUUUCAGUUGAUAUUAACUAGUUUAGCGCUGAAACAGGUUUUCUGUAGGUGUAUCACUUUACAAAAUCUUGACCCAAAUAGGGGGAAUAAUUCAUAUUUAAAUAAAGAUUUCUCUAGAAGAGGUGAAACAAUGAGCACAAAAGUUGCAUUAUUCAAAUGCUCUAAUACCAAAUCAUCGUUAAAAAGUAAUUUUAAUACUUUUUGUUGUUUGCUGGAUAUUGUGAGAACCGAAAUAGCCACUAAUUUCUGUACGAUCGACUUCUGAUUUCAGGUUUAAAAAGUAAGCAUAAGAGGAACUCUAAAGUUUAGCUCUGGAAAUAUGUAUUUAAAUUGUAAACAUGAAAUAGCUUUUAACAAAAGUUUUGAAUGACUUGUGUAUUUUAUUAUUUGAAUUAGGGGUAUACAUCUCCACUAGAGCCUACAAGGAUCUUUAUCCCAGAAAAUCUGUGUCCCUUCAUUUGGAAUAAUUGGAGCACAUAUAAAUUAUCACGUAGGCUAUAAAUCAAAACUGAAGUUUUCAGGCUCAAGUAUUUAUAAUAUGUUUACUUAUAAUUCCAUAACAUUACAUUUAUCGUUAUAGAAAAUACACUUUGUAUAGCUCUGGUUUAACUAAGACAAGUAAAAUAAAACUGACCGUAACCUAUCUAA